UGUGUUGUUGUAAUUUGAUACAGGACACUUAGAUCACUGGCGUUCAUGGGUUCACGGGCUGUUCAGCAAGAAUAAAUAUUAUGUAGUCGCACCUUUGCUUUGGGUUUCUGUCGGUUGCCUGCUUGAACAUUAGGCCAGGCCAGAAUCCGAAAAAUUUCAGAAAUUCAUCCAGGGGAGCAAUCUGACUCUUGGCCCAGUGUCUACGAUGUACGCUCCAUGAAUCGUCCCGGCAUUCGGCCCGCUACCCCGCAGACGGGUAGAUAGCGGGCCUUUACCCGGAGUACAGCCACAAUUUCCCUUCCUCCGCUGACGUCGAUGCUCGCGCUGCGACCCCUGGCGCGCCACGUUCCAUUAUUGAGUCGGCAUACAGGCAGAAUAGCAGUAACUGCUCGCCUUGCCUCUAGCCCUAUUCGACGGUUCUCUUCACAGCAGCCUCCCUUACCGUCGUUUGCCAGUACGGUAGAAACCAGCAACUCGUUCACCAGACGCCUUUUUUAUCGCAAGGAUGGUACACCUAGGUCGAAGAAGCGCGGAGUCUUCAUAGCGAUCGGUGCAGCUACUGUCGUCGUCUUGCUCUCAGCAUUUGAGAAGUUGUUCGUCGUUUUGGAAUUCCAGAGCGUCGUUGCUUGGUCGUUCGUGCAGUGCUUUCGUGUUGACAAGGAAAAAUACGCGUCUCAGGAUUUCUCCGAUUAUAAAUCGACCGUCGAGUACUUCCGUGACCUCGUGCUUGUUCUGCUAGUGAAUCACCAUGAGGUUGACCAGGCUGUCGUCAAUCUUGCUUUUGAAAAGAUUGCGUUGUGGGAGGGGGAGCAGAGGGAGAAGGUGCACGGAGCAUUUCGUCGGGCUGCGGAGGAUAUUCAUAACCUGUUGGCUGGAGGAGAGGAUGUGUUUGAGCUGGAUUUGUUCGAGUUGGGAUUCACGGCAUUCAAAAUUCUGAACAAUGCCCUUGGAGAGGCUCUCGAUGGCGCAGACGACUCACAGCUCACCAUCGUUCUCAAAAGUACUCCCGUGGAUAAGAUGAAGGAUUACGAGGUCAUCGGUUAGCCUGAUGGUAGUAAUAGUUGUUGGGUUAGAUGGCCAGAAUCCCGCUCUUGUUUGCCUGGUAUAAAGACUGAGGCUCUCAAGGAAGAGGACUCUUCUCCCUGAAAGCG